AUGUCUUUUCCUAAUACUGUUCCUUAUCAUUAUGAAAUUAAUAAAGAAUCACUUUAUUAUAGAGAACUUAUUCCAAAACCAAUGUUUGAAGGUAUUUUUGCUAAAGUCAAACAAAUGGCAAUUGGAUUUUUAUGUCAACAAGACCCUUCUCAUGCUGAACUAUAUAAAACAAAGUUUAUGCUAAUUAAUGAUUGUCUUGAAGCUCCAUUCUUUAAAGAAUCAUUAUAUGAAAUGUUUGCUGGAUGUACUGAUCCAGAGUCAGACUCAUUUAAAGUCAUGAUGAGAAGUUCUGUUGCUAAAACUGCAUGUUAUGGAAGGUUUUGUUUAGAACGAUUUCUUGAAGGAGAAGAAUUAAAGAAAAUUGAAAUAAAGAAACCAAUUUAUAUAGUUGCACUUCCAAGAAGUGGGUCAACAUUUACACACACUAUGCUUGGGUGUGAUCCACAUUCAAAGAAAGUACUCUUAUAUGAACAUUUAUGUCCAGGAAGUCAUACAAUGAGUAAACAAGCUCGUUUAAAUAUUGCUGAAAUGAUUAUUGGACAAAUUACUAAUGAUGGUAAAGAUAUGAAUAAAUGCCAUAAUAUGGAUAAUAUGUUAGUUCCAGAAGAAGAAUUAUUCUUUAUGGAAAUUCUUGCAUGUACUUAUAUUUUCGGAACUGCUAUGCCAAGAUGGGAACAAUAUCGAAAGUCUUGUUUUGAAAGAGACUUUUCUUCUGUAUAUCAUGGUAUUUUAGAUGAAAUGAAAAUGUCUGCUAUUGAAGAACCAUUAAAAGAAGACCAAUACUUCUUAAUGAAAUGUGUAUGUCAUUUUAUGACUCCAAUUCCAUUUUUCAAUAUAAUGUGUAGUGAUGAAAUUGAACCAAGAAUUGUUUGGAUCCAUAGAGAACCAGUUGAUGAAUUUAAGUCGGCAUUUUAUUUGUUAUUAAAUGCACGUGCUAGGUAUCAAGGAGAUAUUGGAGAAACUGAUUAUAAAUGGUUACAAGAAAAUAUUAUUAAAAUGAACACUCUUUGUUUAAAGAAUUCACUUGAAAUGAGAGAAAAAUGGGUUGCAGAAAAGCCUGAAAGAGCCAAACAAAUUUGUGAUAUUGGUUUUAGAGAAAUGAUUAAUGAUCCAAUUAAGGUUUCUCAAAGAAUUUAUAACCAAUUUGGAUUAGAUUUAACUGAAGAAAUUAAACAGACAAUGAUUAAAACAAAAGAAGAAGGUGAUCCUCAAAAAGGUCAUGGAAGAAAAGAGAAAAAAGAUGAUGAAUUUUUAAUUUCUGAUGAUGAAAUUAGAGAACAUUUCAAAUGGUAUUAUGAAAAGUAUGGAAAAUAUAUGCCAAAUUAUUGGGGAAAGAAAUAA